AUGACGGACGCCUCUCGCGUGUUUCCUGCUGCUGCCACAGCCCCUGUUGAUCUCUUUGCCUGGACAGACAUUGUGGCGCUUAAUCCGGGGGCCUGGUGGAUCGAGCGAGACAUAUAUGGCACCGUCUCCUCCAUCGACGUGGCAACUCGCGAGACCAUUGCAGAGCAGCGUGCGUCCAGACACGAGCAGCCGCAGCAGCCGCAGCAGCAGCAGCAGCAGCAGCAGCAUCUAGCGCAGCAGCAGCCGCGAGCAGCCACCGCAGCAGCAGCAGCAGCAGCAGCAGCAGGCCGCCGCAGGAAGUGCGGAAAUCUCUUCCGGAGGCGAAGUUGGUCACGGAGAUCGAUCCCUCAUUUGAAGACGAUCCCAGCAAGACUCCCCUCGAACAGCAGCAGCCACAUCAGAAGCAGGGUGCCUGCCAGGACUGCUGCUGCCUCUGCAGCAGCAGAAGCAGCAGCAGCUGCUGCGGCCGUUUCUGCUGCUGCUCAUGCUUCACUUCUUGCUGCUGAUGGAGUUGCUGCUGCAGUGACAGAUAUAGUGAGCGCUCCAUGGACAGAUCUAGAGGCCUCACGCGUUCGAGACCUGGCGCAGAAGGGUAAGCAGCACAGCUGCGCUAGUAGCAGCAGCAGUAGCAAAAGCAGCAGCAGCAGCAGCAGCAGCAGCAGCAGCAGCAAAAGGCAGAGUUGCGUCAGCUGCUUUGCAAGAUACCACGUCCACUGUUCUGCUGCUGCUGCACCCUGGCAGCUGUCCUACUUGUGGUGCAGCGGAGUCCACUCUGUGGGCAGCGAGGCGCUGCAUGCGCUGGGGGCCCUCGAGGCCCCCCUGUACCACUUGAACUGGCAGCAGUACACGAGGUUUGGGGUUCCUUCCCCCCUGGAGACACCCCGAGGCCCUCCCCAAGCAGCAGCAGCGGCAGCAGCAGCAGUUAACAGCAGCAGCAGCUACAAGUGUCUCUGCUGCAGCGACAAACUCAAUACACAACUCUGCUGCACUGGCAGCAGCAGCAGCAGCAGCAGCGGCGGCAGCAGCAGCAGAAGGAAGCCACAAGGGGUGGAGACAGCCACAGCAGAGACAGCCUUUACAGACUCAGCAGCAGCAAAGGCUGCAGCAGCAGAAGCAGCUGCAGCAGUAGCAGCUGCAGCAGCAGUAGCAGCUGCAGCAGCAGUAGCAGCAGCGGUAACAGCAGCGACAGUAGCAGCAGCAGCAGCAACAGCAGCAGCAGCAGCAGCAGCAGCAGCGGGCCGCCGCGCUGCGAUAAGAAAGGGGAACACGGCGAACUUCUGGCUGCAGCGGCAGCAGCAAGAGCAGCUGCAGCAGGAGAUACCCUUGCGGCAUCGCCAGCAGCAACAAGCGCAGCAGCAGCAGCAGCAACAGCAGCAGCAGCAGAAUGAAGCAAAGGAUUGCCGGCACUGCCUUGCCGGCAGCUUUGCUGCUGCUGCUGCUGCUGCUUCCAGGCGCGUCAUUGGCGAAGACACUGGGGCGACGAAUAUGGAACGCGUCUUUUGUGGGGUGCUGCUGCAUUACCUCCUCGGUGCGGUGCUGCUGCUGCUGUUGCUGCUGCUGCUGCUGUUGCUGCUGCUGCUGUUGCUGCUGCUGCUGCUGCUGCAGGUAGCGUCGGGCCCCAUAAGCAUUGGAGGCGGCACAGGGCUGCAGUCUGUCUCCGUGGGUGCAACGGUGAGUAUUUGUGCUGCUGCUGCUGCUCUUGCUGUUUCUGCUGCUGCUGCUGCUGCUGCUGUUGGCGGCGCGACGGUGCCAGAGGAGGAGGGGAAGCAGCUGCUGCCCUCGUUUGCAAGCCACCGAAAAGAUCUGCGGCUGCAGCAGCUCCAACAGCUGCAGCAGCAGCUGCAGCAGCAACUGCAGCAGCAGCUGCAGCAGCUGCAGCAGGGCGUUAGCGGCGUGGAGCUGCUCUUGGGUGUACAGACACCUCUUCCUGUUAGUGAGGGGGCUCUGAGGUGUCUCGGCACCUUCAGCAAAGGCAAAUCUAAACUUACCUUCGCGGCUUCCCGAGGCAGCAGCGAGUUGGCCGUCAGCACAUGGGGCCUCCGGCUUUUGGGUUUUGCUUCUCGCGCUUGCUGGAGUUUGAAGAGCAGCAAAGCAGCUGUGGAAACAGCUCAUGACUUCGAGAAGGGGGAAGCGUCUAUGCGAGUUGCUGCUGCUGCUCUCACAGGAGCAGCAGGAGACACAGCAGUUCCGACGCUGCUGGGCUUUGAAGUUGCUGCUCGAGGUCCGCUGCUGCUGCGGGCGGGCAGCAGAGCUGAGAGUGAGAAAGCGGCAGCAGCAGCAGCAGCAGCUGCUGCUGCUGCUGCUGCGCAUGCUGCGGACGCGGGGAGAGCGAAGGCGCAGCAGCAAGCGGACCUGGCAGAAAGCAGCAGCAGCAGCAGCAGCAGCAGCAGCGGCGAAAAAGCUGCUGAUGUGUCUUUGGGCUUUUCUUUGGGCUUUGGCGCCAAGGGCCAGCUGCUGCUGGAGCCGAAGUUUCAUUUAAAAGAAAAGUGA